CUGCCCGCGGGGGCCUCUGUAGCUUCCGGUGUGGUGGUGUGCGUCGGGGGGGAGGGUCUCUCCCGGGGCCUGGGGCACCAUGAGUACCAUGUUCGCCGACACCGUCCUCAUCGUCUUCAUCUCGGUGUGCACGGCGCUGCUGGCCGAGGGUAUAACAUGGGUGCUGGUUUACAGAACAGAAAAAUACAAGAGACUGAAAGCUGAGGUGGAAAAACAAAGCAAAAAAUUAGAAAAGAAGAAGGAAACGAUAACUGAAUCAGCAGGACGACAGCAAAAAAAGAAAAUAGAGAGGCAAGAAGAGAAGCUGAAGAACAACAACAGGGACCUGUCAAUGGUUCGAAUGAAGUCUAUGUUUGCAAUUGGCUUUUGCUUCACUGCCCUCAUGGGCAUGUUCAACUCCAUAUUUGACGGCCGAGUGGUGGCAAAACUUCCUUUUAUUCCCCUCUCCUACAUCCAGGGCCUGUCUCACCGCAACCUGCUGGGGGAGGAUUACACUGACUGCUCCUUCAUCUUCCUCUACAUUCUCUGUACCAUGUCUAUCCGGCAGAAUAUUCAGAAGAUGCUUGGCCUGGCUCCUUCUCGGGCUGCCACUAAGCAGGCUGGGGGUUUCCUUGGCCCCCCUCCUCAAGCCGGGAAAUUCUCUUAAAGUACAGUCAUGCACCUUCCAGAGCAGCUCCCCUUGAUAUUGGUAUCAAAGACAGACUGCUCUUGGUUUGUAACAAGAUUGGAUUCCACAACUGGCUUUCUGUUCGCUUGAAGCGGCUUUUUGGAUGAGUACUGCCUUCCCGGAAGCAUUUUUGUAUUCGGAGUAUUCUACAAGCACCUUGUCACCAUUGAAACAAAAUUCUUGGCAGGUAUUUGAUGUCUGUGCAAUAAAGGAUCAAGCCCCUUGCAUUUACAAUGUAGUCACCUAAUCACAUUGCAGGGACAGAGGAACUGUCUUGCUUUGCAAAACUACUGCAAGGAUAAUAAAACCUUAUUGGGAGCCAUCAUAGAGAAGGUGUGUCAGAUGACAAGGAUCUGCAAAAUAAACAGAUGUUUGGACAUCCCUGUACCAUCA